GGGCGGCAGACUUCCGGCGCAGGUACGGGUCGGCGCACGCGGCCUCGGUCCGGUUGACUUUGUAGAGCCAUGGAGGGCGGCUUCGGCUCGGAUUUCGGGGGCUCCGGCGGCGGCAAGCUGGACCCGGGGCUUAUCAUGGAGCAGGUGAAGGUGCAGAUCGCCGUGGCCAACGCUCAGGAGCUUCUGCAGAGGAUGACGGACAAGUGCUUCCGGAAGUGCAUUGGGAAGCCGGGGGGCUCCCUGGACAAUUCGGAGCAGAAGUGCAUCGCCAUGUGCAUGGACCGCUACAUGGACGCCUGGAACACCGUGUCCCGCGCUUACAACUCGCGGCUCCAACGGGAACGAGCCAACAUGUGACCCGGACGCACCGGGCCCGGCCCAGCCUGCAGGCCACCCCCACCCCCUGCAACAUUUCCAUAAAUGCUCUUUGUGAGGUGGGGGCCUGCGUGUGCGCGCUGCCAGCCGUUGGUUUAUGAGGAUGAGACUGGUGCUGGGACAGUUGGGACUCUGCCCCUCCCCUUCGCCCAGCCCACCUCCCACUGCCAGCGAGUGUAGCUGGGGACUUUGGGGUCCCUGGAACUUCCCAAAGUGCUGGCAGUCCGGUGGCAUCUCCCCUAGUGUGCCCGGGCAACCUCAUGACUUUGGGCAUAAAAUCUUCCUGUGAA